AUGGCACGUUGGCGGUUUGGGGGGUGUGGGCGUGUCGGGGGACUGGAUGCGAGCUCUAGGAAGGAAGGAAAGAAAAGGAAGAGGGCACGUUGGCGGUUGGUUGAUGUGUGGGCGUGUCGGGAAUGA